UUGCAACCAGAUGUCAACAAACUCCCCGCCGUCUGUCAUACUUACGGAUGCACUCGCGUCUCUGAAUAAAGCAGUAAACAUUGCAUUUACGAACAUACAGGAUCAAACACGUCAAGAAGUCACACAAGCAUCUACUGAAGCACGAGAAGCGCGUCGCGAGCGGGAUGAAGCCAUUAAGGCUCUCCAUGAGCUUAGGCUCGAGGAGCAGGCGUGGAAGCAAGAGGCUGGUGUCCGACAGUCUGCUGUUGAGCAAGCCGAGUUGACUAUAAAACAUCAUGCCGAGACGAUCGCUCAACUUCGCUACGAGUCCGAGCAGUGGAAACAACAAUGUCUCCGUCUCGAAGACACGUCGCGUCAGGAAGCCACCAGCUGGAAAGAACAGUUUCUACGCGUUGAGCAAGAGCGCUAUAAGCUCGCAACGCGUGUGGAUGAGCUUAUUGAAGAGCAGCUUUCUCAUACUGUCCAGACACAUGCGUCUAUCACUCCAUUCAAGACAAUGCUCCGUUACCCCAAUACAACAGCAAGCACAAGCAUUAGCGACCCAUCCGCAUCCACACGCCACCGUUUCCCUCCCUACACUUCCGAACUUCCUGACGAAUCCAUAUCUGCAUCGUCAUCCAGAGCACCCAAACCCAUAUCUACACAACAGCUCCCCACUCCCAUUUCCGCCAAUCGCAGAGCCUCCGGAGACAAGUCAAAACAAUACCUCAUCCGACGCGUUCAGGCUGUCAUCGAGGUACCCGUAAAAGAGGAGAGCGUGGAGGACACUAUUUCCGAUGAAGCACCGUCUGCAUCAAGUUCUUCUGCAUCAUCAAGAUCGGGUUUAACAUCCACAGUACCAGGGUCUAGUAAACUAAAUUCAGCCAUCUCGAGCAAAACCAUACCGAAACCCAGUAAACCCACCAGCGCCCCUAGUAAAGCUGGACAGGGUACCAACAAAGUUUUCUCAAUCACCAGCAAAUCUGCGUCACUGAACAACAAACCUACAUCGGCUGCAUCCACCAAAUCCGCACCACCACCGUCGAAAUCUGCAGCAAGACCUAGUAAACCCACACUCUCCGGGGCUGGUAAUAAACCACCAUCCAAUCCCUCUACCAGCAUACCUUCCUCCUCGUCCCGUCCCGCCCGAAAAAUAAGCACUAAACGACAGUAUAUUGAGAUCGAUGAAGACGAGGAUAGAGAAAAUAAGAUAUCAGAGCAGUCCAAGUCAGGUAGUGACGCGACUGCCGAAGACGAAGUUGAUUCUUCAGAAGAGGAAGAAGACGAGCUCACGCUGGGCGCUGAGGAAAAUCGCCGCGAAGUUUACGGCACCAAGCGCAUCGCAGCUACGAGCAGUAUGAAAGCCGUGUCGCAGGCGCCGGCGAAAAAGAGGAAGUUAAUUUCAAAUACGACCGCCGUAAUAACGGGUAGCGGGAAGAAGCCUCCUGCAAAGAAUGCGCGCGGAUGAAAGCCCCUGGUGUACGGGAGGGUUUGUCUUACUUACGUUUGUGAUAUCCACGUGACUUAUGCUUCUCAUUCUUUGCAACACACCCUUUGUUCUUCUAGCUGCGGAAUCUCUAUAUAUGACAUUAGCGCUAUCUACAAUGCUCGUGCGAGUUCAUGCCUCGUUUUGUAUGAUUAUGAUGACUCCAAUCUAAAGCGCUUACAAGAUACCAAUGCAU